CCCGGCUCUUUUUCUCCCUUUCUAUUACAAAUAAUGUCUCUGGAAUAAUAUCCCGACCUCGCCCAGCUCUCCUGCAGGAGCCAUGCCUCUCUCUCCAGAGGAGACCAGACCUGGCAAAUAAGCAAAAUGCGGCUUCUAGAUCUACAGAAGUGAUGAGCUACCACAGCACCAAAGAUGCUGGGAUUCGGCACGUGCUCCGUCAGCGUCCCAGCGCCGGGCAGGGGGGCUGAGCUGGACGCUGCCUCCCCCCGCUACGUCCUGGCCCUGCCCGAGGAGGAGACGUGGCGCAAGCACCGGCUUGGCCUGAUGCAAACCACCCAGUCCUGCAACCUCCUGGAGCCCGAGAGCCUGGCCGAGGCCCUGGUCUCGCGCGCCGCCAGCUUCGAUGCCCUCUACGAGCCCCGGUCCCGGGAUGCCGAUGCCGGCACGGAGAUGGGCAGCACCUUCGACCUGGGGCUGGGUCAGUACGUCCCAGUGAGCCCGGACGUUAUCAAGCGCCGGCGGGGCGGGCUGAUCGAGCAGAGGGACAUUAUCAAGGCGCACGAGGCGCACAAGAUGCAGAGCACGCCACAGGCGCGGAGGAAGGAGUGGGAGAUGGCUCGCUUUGGGGAGGCGGUGGCCGGCAGGCUGGGCUCCGGAGAUGGGGGCUCCGACCAGAACCGGAGCCGGCAAGGACCUCCUGCCCCUGCGGGAGGGACCCCAGGAGCCUUCAAGCAAACCAAAGCGCAGAGAGCCCGGACUAUGGCUCUGUACAACCCCAUCCCCGUCCGACAGAACUGCUUCACCGUCAACAGAUCGCUCUUCCUCUUUGGGGAAGAGAACAUAGUCAGGAAAUACGCCAAGAAGCUUAUCGACUGGCCUCCCUUCGAGUACAUGAUCCUGGCGACCAUCAUAGCCAACUGCAUCGUGCUGGCCCUCGAGCAACACCUCCCCGAGGAUGACAAGACGCCCAUGUCACGGAGAUUAGAGAAGACGGAGCCCUACUUCAUCGGGAUUUUCUGCUUCGAGGCUGGGAUUAAGAUCGUGGCUCUGGGGUUUGUUUUCCACAAGGGCUCAUACCUGCGCAACGGCUGGAAUGUCAUGGACUUCAUUGUGGUCCUCAGCGGCAUCCUCGCCACUGCUGGGACACACUUCAACACCCACGUGGACCUGCGGACGCUGCGGGCCGUGCGUGUGCUCAGACCUCUGAAGCUCGUCUCAGGCAUUCCCAGCCUGCAGAUUGUGCUGAAAUCCAUCAUGAAGGCCAUGGUGCCUCUCCUCCAAAUCGGCUUGCUGCUCUUCUUUGCUAUCCUCAUGUUCGCCAUCAUCGGCCUGGAGUUCUACAGCGGGAAGCUGCACCGAGCCUGCUACACAAACAAUUCAGGUGAACUAGAGGAGCUGGACCCCCCACAUCCAUGUGGGGUGCAGGGUUGCCCCCCAGGCUACGAAUGCCGGGAGUGGAUCGGUCCCAACGAUGGGAUCACGCAGUUCGACAACAUCCUCUUUGCUGUGUUGACCGUCUUCCAGUGCAUCACCAUGGAAGGGUGGACCACAGUCCUGUACAAUACCAAUGAUGCCUUAGGAGCCACCUGGAACUGGCUGUACUUCAUCCCCCUCAUCAUCAUUGGAUCCUUCUUUGUCCUCAACCUUGUCCUGGGAGUGCUGUCGGGGGAGUUUGCCAAAGAACGUGAGCGAGUGGAGAACCGCCGAGCCUUCAUGAAGCUGCGGCGCCAGCAGCAGAUCGAACGGGAGCUCAAUGGCUACAGGGCCUGGAUAGAUAAAGCAGAGGAAGUCAUGCUGGCUGAAGAGAACAAAAAUGCUGGGACCUCAGCCUUAGAAGUGCUCCGGCGAGCCACCAUCAAAAGGAACCGGACAGAUGCCAUGAACCGUGACUCAAGUGACGAGCACUGUGUUGAUAUCUCCUCCGUGGGCGAGCGGAGGCUGGCGCAGAGAAGACCUCUUCAUCCAACCUUGGGUAAUCCCUUGAGUCACUCUGGCCUCAAAGGCGCCAGGGUGGAUGGUGCCUCCUACUUACGGCACAAGGAGCGACUCCUGCGCAUCUCCGUUCGCCACAUGGUAAAAUCCCAGGUCUUCUACUGGAUUGUCUUGAGCCUGGUGGCUCUCAACACUGCCUGCGUGGCCAUCGUCCAUCACAACCAGCCAGCCUGGCUCACCCACUUCCUCUACUAUGCAGAGUUCCUGUUUCUUGGCCUCUUCCUCCUGGAGAUGUCCUUAAAGAUGUACGGGAUGGGGCCGCGCCUUUACUUCCAUUCUUCCUUCAACUGCUUCGACUGUGGGGUCACGGUGGGAAGCAUCUUUGAAGUCGUUUGGGCUAUCUUCAGGCCAGGAACCUCUUUUGGGAUCAGUGUCCUACGAGCCCUUCGUCUCCUGCGAAUAUUUAAAAUAACCAAGUACUGGGCAUCCCUGAGGAAUUUGGUGGUCUCACUGAUGAGCUCCAUGAAGUCCAUUAUCAGCCUGCUCUUCCUCCUCUUCCUCUUCAUCGUAGUCUUUGCCCUGCUGGGAAUGCAGCUGUUUGGAGGCAGGUUUAACUUCAUUGAUGGGACGCCAUCGGCCAACUUCGACACUUUCCCCGCGGCCAUCAUGACGGUGUUCCAGAUCCUGACAGGUGAGGACUGGAACGAGGUGAUGUACAACGGCAUCCGCUCCCAGGGAGGCGUUCGCUCAGGCAUGUGGUCCUCCAUCUAUUUCAUCGUCCUCACCUUGUUUGGAAACUAUACUCUGCUGAACGUGUUCUUGGCCAUUGCGGUGGACAACCUGGCCAAUGCUCAGGAGCUCACCAAGGAUGAGCAGGAAGAAGAGGAGGCCUUUAACCAGAAGCACGCCCUUCAGAAAGCCAAAGAAGUCAGCCCCAUGUCUGCCCCAAACAUGCCUGCUAUCGAAAGAGACAGGCGAAGGAGACACCACAUGUCGAUGUGGGAGCCACGCAGCAGCCACCUGCGGGAGCGUCGCCGGCGGCACCACAUGUCGGUGUGGGAGCAGCGCACCAGCCAGCUGCGCCGGCACAUGCAGAUGUCCAGCCAGGAGGGCAUCAACAAGGACGAGCCUCCCCUCAUCAACCCCCACGCCAGCAUCUUCCGCAGGAAGAAACCGGGGGACGGCGUCGCCCUGGAGAAAUGCGCCGAGGAGCAGGGUGGCAAGGGCGAGCGGCCGCCGGCCGAGGGACCCGAGCAGCCGACCCCGGGAGCCAACCCCGGCGGUGGUGAGGACAGGAGGAGCCCGUCACCCCGGGCCAAGCGAGACAAGGAGCUGUGGCACCAAAAAUCGUGCCACGGGAACUGUGAGCCGGGCGAGCAGGACGGGGCAGGAGGCGGCAUGGAGGAUAGGGCCAGGAUGAGGCAGAGCCAGCGGCGCAGCCGGCAUCGCAGAGCCCGGGUGGAGGGGAAGGAGCCGGCUGGCGCCCUGGGGAGCCGCUCGGCCAGCCAGGAGAUGGGUCUGGAGGAGGCCAGCCCCACGGAGGGGGCGCAGGAUGGGGACCGGCGCGGGGACACGGCCGCAGCGGAGGUGCUGAUUCAGGGGGAGCCGGAGGCGAGUGGGGAACCCGUCAGGACAAACGGGGUCCCUGCCGGUGAGGCCGAGCUGGUUGGGACCGCUGAGGAGGGGACCCCCCCGCAAACGGGACCCGAGCCCCCCCGGGGGAAGAUGGGCAGCCUGACGGAGCAGGACUGCGGCAGCCUGGACACCAGCGAGCAAGCGCUGCUGGAGGCCAGCCGCACUGCCAGCCGGAGCGAGCCCGACCUCUCAUCCAUCACCCCCAACACCGAGAAGGCCACGGAGAGCACCACCAUCAUGAUCGAUGUCCACGACUCCACUGUGGUACAGAUUAGCAACAAGACAGACGGCGAAGCCAGCCCCUUAAAAGAGGCCGAGACCAAAGAGGAUGAGGAGGAGAUGGAGAAGAAGAAGCGGAAGAAGGAGAAAAGCGAGACGGGCAAAGCGAUGGUGCCACACAGCUCCAUGUUCAUCUUCAGCACCACCAACCCGGUGCGGAGGGCUUGCCACUACAUCGUGAACCUGCGCUACUUCGAGAUGUGCAUCCUCCUGGUGAUCGCCGCCAGCAGCAUCGCCCUCGCGGCGGAGGAUCCCGUCCUCACCAACUCCGACCGCAACAAAGUCCUGAGGUAUUUUGACUACGUCUUCACCGGUGUCUUCACCUUCGAGAUGGUUAUCAAGAUGAUCGAUCAGGGCUUGAUCCUGCAGGAUGGCUCCUACUUCCGAGACCUCUGGAAUAUCCUGGAUUUCAUCGUGGUGGUGGGAGCGCUGGUGGCUUUCGCCUUGGCGAAUGCUUUGGGGACCAACAAGGGCCGGGAUAUCAAGACCAUCAAGUCUCUCCGUGUGCUACGGGUCUUGAGGCCCCUGAAAACCAUCAAGCGACUGCCCAAGCUGAAGGCCGUCUUCGACUGCGUGGUGACCUCCCUCAAGAAUGUCUUCAACAUUCUCAUUGUCUACAAGCUUUUUAUGUUCAUCUUUGCUGUCAUUGCGGUCCAGCUCUUCAAGGGGAAGUUUUUCUACUGCACUGACAGCUCAAAGGACACAGAGAAGGACUGCAUAGGGAACUACGUGGACCACGAGAAGAACAAGAUGGAAGUGAAGUGCCGGGAAUGGAAACGCCAUGAGUUUCACUAUGACAAUAUCAUCUGGGCUUUGCUCACCCUGUUCACAGUUUCCACUGGGGAGGGUUGGCCCCAGGUGCUGCAGCAUUCGGUGGACGUGACGGAGGAGGACCGUGGGCCCAGCCGCAGCAACCGCAUGGAGAUGUCCAUUUUUUAUGUCGUCUAUUUUGUGGUCUUCCCUUUCUUCUUUGUCAACAUUUUUGUGGCUCUCAUCAUCAUUACGUUCCAGGAACAAGGCGACAAAAUGAUGGAGGAGUGCAGUCUGGAGAAGAACGAGAGGGCCUGUAUUGACUUUGCCAUCAGCGCCAAGCCCCUCACGCGGUACAUGCCCCAGAACCGGCACACUUUCCAGUACCGGGUCUGGCAUUUUGUGGUCUCCCCAUCCUUCGAGUACACCAUCAUGGCCAUGAUAGCAUUGAACACCGUGGUGCUGAUGAUGAAGUACUACUCUGCUCCAUACACCUAUGAGCUGGCCCUGAAGUACCUGAACAUCGCGUUCACCAUGGUGUUCUCCUUGGAGUGCGUCCUCAAGAUCAUCGCUUUCGGCUUCCUGAAUUAUUUCCGGGACACCUGGAACAUCUUUGACUUCAUCACUGUCAUUGGCAGCAUUACAGAGAUCAUCCUGACAGACACCAAGGUGAAGCAGGGGCUGAGAGCAGCAGGGCAAACCGCUGUGGGGUGGGGGGGGCUCCUGCCUCCCUCUGACCCUCUCCUCUCCUCCCAGCUUGUGAACACCAGCAGCUUCAACAUGAGCUUUCUGAAGCUUUUCCGGGCUGCUCGGCUCAUCAAGCUGCUGCGCCAGGGUUACACCAUCCGCAUCCUGCUCUGGACAUUCGUGCAGUCCUUCAAGGCCCUCCCCUAUGUCUGCCUCUUGAUCGCCAUGCUUUUCUUCAUCUACGCGAUCAUUGGGAUGCAGGUUUUUGGCAAUAUCAAACUAGAUGAGGAAAGCCACAUUAACCGGCACAACAACUUCCGCAGCUUCCUGGGCUCCCUCAUGCUCCUCUUCAGGAGUGCCACGGGAGAGGCAUGGCAGGAGAUCAUGUUGUCCUGCCUGGAGGGCAAAGGCUGCGAGCCGGACACAACGGCGACGUCUGGGCAGAACGAGAACGAGCGCUGCGGCACUGACCUGGCCUAUGUUUAUUUUGUCUCCUUCAUCUUCUUCUGCUCUUUCCUGAUGCUCAAUUUGUUCGUGGCCGUCAUCAUGGACAAUUUUGAAUACCUGACUCGGGAUUCCUCCAUCCUGGGACCCCACCAUCUAGAUGAGUUUGUCCGCAUCUGGGCAGAGUAUGACAGAGCUGCGUGCGGCAGGAUCUCGUAUAAGGAUAUGUACAAAUUAGUACGGGUGAUCUCGCCUCCUCUGGGCCUAGGAGAGAACUGCCCCUACAGGGUGGCGUGCAAGAGACUGGUGCUGAUGAACAUGCCCGUGGCCGAGGACAUGACGGUCCAUUUUACCUCCACCUUGAUGGCGCUGAUACGCACAGCCUUGGACAUCAAAAUUGCCAAAGGUGGUGCAGAUUGGCAGCAGUUAGACUCUGAGCUUCAAAAGGAAAUCCUGACCAUUUGGCCUCACCUUUCUCAGAAGAUGCUUGACCUGUUGGUACCCAUGCCAAAAACCUCUGACCUGACUGUUGGCAAAAUAUAUGCAGCCAUGAUGAUCAUGGAUUACUACAAGCAGAGCAAAGCGAAGAAGCAGCGGCAGCAGCUGGAGGAGCAGAAAAACGCCCCCAUGUUUCAGCGCAUGGAGCCGUCCUCCUUGCCGCAGGAAAUCAUCUCGAACGCGAAGGCUCUGCCUUACCUCCAGCAAGACACGCUCUCAGGCCUGAGCAGCCGAAGCGGGUUCCCCUCGCUGAGCCCGCUCUCGCCGCAGGAGAUCUUCCAGCUGGCGUGCAUGGAUCCGGCCCACGGGCAGUUCCAGGAGCACCAGUCUCUGGAGCCAGAGGUUAGGGAGUUUCAAAGAGUGCAGCCCUCUAACCGUGGCAGCUACCUUCCCGUGGACACUCAGGACCACGCUGUCUCUGGGAGGGCCUCCUCCAUGCCUCGUCUCACUGUGGAUCCCCAGGUGGUGACGGACACCAGCUCGAUGCGGCGAUCGUUUUCCACCAUCCGGGACAAGCGCAGCAACAGCUCCUGGCUGGAUGAAUUCUCCAUGGAGCGCAGCAGCGACAACACCUACAAGUCCCGCCGGCGCAGCUACCACUCCUCGCUCCAGCUCUCCGCCCGGCGCCUCAACGCCGACUCGGGCCACCGGUCCGACGGGCAUCGCUCGGGCGGCAGGGAGCGGGGCCGAUCCAAAGAGCGCAAGCACUUGCUGUCCCCCGAUAUCUCCCGCUGCAACUCGGAGGAGAGGAGUCCCCAGGCGCACGACGAGUCGCCGGAGCGGCGGCGCGAGUCCCGGUCACCCAGCGAGGGCAGGUCGCAGACACCCAAUAGGCAGGGAACGGGCUCCCUGAGCGAAAGCUCCAUCCCCUCCAUCUCGGACACCAGCACCCCCCGGCGAGGCCGCCGCCAGCUCCCGCCGGUGCCCCCCAAGCCGCGUCCCCUCCUUUCCUACGCCUCCAUGCUGCGGCACACCGGAGACGCCUCGCCGCCCCCCGAGGAGAGCGAGGGGGGCUCCCCGCUCCUCUCCUCCACCCUGGAGCCCAACGCCGCCGGCCUGACCGAGUCUUCCAGCUCCCCGGCGGGGAAGCAGAGCCGACAGUCCACCCCUCAGCGUUACAUCUCGGAGCCGUACCUGGCCCUGCACGACGACUCGCACGCCUCAGACUGCGGUGAGGAGGAAACGCUCACCUUCGAGGCGGCCGUCGCCACCAGCCUCGGCCGCUCCAACACCAUCGGCUCGGCCCCGCCGCUGCGGCACAGCUGGCAGAUGCCCAACGGGCACUACCGGCGGCGGAGGCGAGGGGCAGGGCAGGGCGUGAUGUGCGGGGCCAGCAUCGACGUGCUCAGCGACACCGAGGAAGACGACAAGUGCUAGAAGCUGCCUCCUCCCGCCCUGCCUCAGCUCCCUCCCUCCCGCCCCGCUGCCGCCCUGCCCCUCUCCAAUGCAUGCUCUUCGCCACGCCUGGGAAUGAAACAAAACCAAAACCAAGUGCAGGGGAAAAGGAGAAAACCAAACCGACCGGAACGGAGGGGGAAAAA